AUGGACUCGACAGAAAGCAAGGAAGAACACAAAUCUGAACCGCUCACAGCAGCCUGUUGGCUUCGUGUUCACGUUCCCGUUGAGAUCACGCCACAGAACGACAAGGAAAGUGUCCUGGGUGGUCUCGCACACCUCCUCGUGUACAUGCGACAGAAGGUGCAAGCCGACAGACGUUUUGCCCUUGGCCUACUUCUGUGUCGUACGGACUUCUUCGUCUAG